UUCCGUAAUUCUGCUUCCUGUUAAUGUAUUAGAUAGCCCGGUACAGCGGGUAUACAAACUCUGCUUGACAGUAUUGCUCAUCCACUGUUAACUUUAAGUUAUUACACUUGUAAGCUGUCUGUCUAAAUCUAUCAAAAAUGAAUACGUUGUUGUCGCGGGCAAAUUCUCUCUUUGCAUUUUCUCUCAGUGUGAUGGCGGCUCUUACUUUUGGCUGUUUUGUCACUACAGCUUUUAAAGACAGAAGCGCACCGGUUGAUAUCCAGGUUUCUAGAGUAAUGCUAAAAAAUGUGGAUGACUUCACCGGACCCAGAGAAAGAAGUGACUUGGGUUUCAUAACUUUUGAUGUUACAGCUGAUCUGAGGCCAAUAUUUGACUGGAAUGUCAAACAACUGUUUCUGUAUUUAUCAGCUGACUAUGAAACGAAAAGCAAUGCCCUGAACCAAGUGGUGUUAUGGGAUAAGAUAAUCCUUCGAGGGGAGAACACAAAACUUUCUCUGAAGGACAUGAAAUCAAAAUAUUUCUUUUUCGAUGAUGGUAAUGGUCUCCGGGGAAAUAAAAACAUCACUUUGACACUAUCAUGGAAUGUCGUGCCAAACGCUGGAGUCUUACCUCUUGUUAUGGGCUCAGGACACAAAUCAGUUCCCUUUCCAGAUGCUUAUGAGAUGACAAAGAGCUAUUAAAUUGUCUGGUAUUUGUUUGUAAUUGGUGUUCUCUUUUAUGGCUUAAUAAAAGUUUACAAAUUGA